CGUCAUGAAGAAAAAAUGUCAUAAUAUUUGACAUUCGAUUUGUGUUGAAUGUCAAAUUUUUAUAGCCAAAAACGGUGGCAGUUAAUUCCCUUUUAUUUAUUACAAUGGGAACACGUCAGGCAUGUGAAAUGUGUUUAUCUGUUUUAUUUUAUCCUUUGACGCCUCACAUUUAUCAUAGGAAAAAAAAUCAGCAAUGCGAAUAGCAAACAUCGACACAAUUUUUUUAAUGAAUAUCUGCGUCGCAAAGACGUUCGGUAUUUCCGUGAAAAACAUCAACAAUAACAACAUGCAAACAAAAGAGAAAAUUAAAUUUCUUGAAUGAAAUGAAAUAUUUAUUGAUGACUUCCAAUUAUUAGGCACUCCAAAUCUGUUCAGAAUUUUUUUUUCACACAUUGUUAUAAAAAAAAUCGUACGAUUCUCCUCCGGGAAUUAUUUUUUGGCUCGUGGAUGCUUUUACUGCGCUCGAAAGGAGGUACAUUAUGAUAUAAACAGGACUAUUGGCGAUGAAAUUUCGAUGUUGCAUUAUUAAUUUUGAUUUAAGAUCGAAUUUCAUUAUGACAUUAAUACAUAAAAUAUCAAGAGUGUGUCUGUGAUUAUGACAGACGAACUGCACCCCUCAGACCCCAGGGGAAACCAGUAAUAACAGUUACCCCUCUGUGGCCCCUAGUGAAACCUUCCAGGCACUCGGUCCUGCUUCCUUUUUUCUAUUCUUUGGGGUCCAAUGGGUAGUUCACACUGUUGUGGCACUGCCAUCUACAAGCUAGGGCCCAGAUGGUCAUUAGCCGUUCGAAGUUUAAAUAGAUCACUACCACACAGGACCCACGCAAUACUUCCGUUUUUUUCCGUGUGUUUUUCGCUCGUAAAAGUGAAUAAUCAAAGUGAUAAUGAAGGGAAAAUAUUGUUUAGUUUAUUGGACGGAGACCAAAGAAAUUAGUGUAUUAUUGACGAAGGAUAUCCCUACGAAAAAACGCCAGGAGGGUGUCUCCACCAAGUUAUUGUGGAAGGAUGCCACGACCAACAAAGCGACUUUAUGGGACGCGAAAAUUUUACGAUUCCACGAUGACCCGAUAUUUCUGAAUAAUUUGGAGGUUCAACGGAAAAAUGGUACUGUAAUAAACUCCAAGCCAAAAGCUUUCACACAAAAAGCUUUCCUACAAAAAAGGAGGCUUGCAAAGCAACGGGCCAAAAGAAGAGCUAGUGUUGACUAUGACCACCAAAAAGAAAUUACUCAACAGCUACCAAUGUUCGAUAAUUCCUCGUUCAUUCCGACUUCUCUGAGCUCCCAGAUUCCCCAUGAUCAGAGAAUUCCCAUGACCAAUGGUCAUAGAAUCAGUCAUAAUGGUCAACUAUCUCCUGCUCCACAAAGUAAUGGACGAAGCGAUAAUGCAGCUCAGGAAAUGCCAUCUACGUCCUCCAUAAUGAUAGCGAGAGAGCUUCCCAUUAUGGCAUAUCAAAAGGAGAAAUUACAUCAACACCAAGUGAAGCGUGAGUCAUUCGAUGGAGAAAACUCCAUUAUCGAAAGCUCGGAAGAUGGUAAUUCAGAGGAUCGAGGAUCAGACGACGAGGCGCGAUGUUCGAGACGUCAAAAUGGUCAUAAUCAGAGUUUUGGUUGUGAUUGGUUCUACGGGAUGAGGCCUCCUACUCGAGAAGUCAUUGCCUAUUUGAAAGCAAUGGUUCAACAUCUGGAGAUGAUGAGGGAAGCAGAAGAAAAUAAAGCAAUGGAACGAAUAAAAGAGUUUUAUGAUGAGGCACACACGUGCGGCAUGGGCAAGAUGGAAAUCCAUCCUGAGAGCAAUGUUUUCAUCGAUAAACAGACAAUGACAUUGGCAAUGGAGGAUUUCAACCACAAUCACGAUUGGAAACAACUGACAAUAAAUCUUCUGGUCGGAAUUUAUCAUGACACAUUGGAGUAUAUGUCUGUGGAAGAAAGCGAAGGCAAAAUCCAGGUUCCUGAGGACAUUUUGAGGGCUGUCAAGGAAGUCAUUGACACUCGAGGAAGUGCUGAUAAACUAAUCCACGUUGACGACGAGGUCUUCAUUAAACACGUGAGAAAAAUAUGUACUAAUCACAAGCGCCAUUCAUACAAUCAUUGAGGAAGAUGAUAGAAGUGAACGCGUUGCAACUGGUUACAUUUAAUCCGUUAUUUCGUCCAAGCAACAAUCAGUGUAUGCAAAUUCUAUAUAAUCCUGACCAUAUUAUUAUAGGGAUAUUUUUGGCUAAUGUGUAAAUUGUAUAGAAAGCUAUUGCCAAAUAUCAACCAAAUAUUUUUGUAUGUUAAUUCCGAUCCGUUUGACACAAAAAAUGUUUAUGCACAUUUUUAUCAGAAACAAAAUUUUGACAUUUUUGAAUAUAAAUAAUAUUGAAUGCAUUCGGAAUUAACUGUGAAUGAGGCACCAUGGAUUUUCACCUUCCGAAGAGAUUAUUUCUCGAUCUUUUAAAUAUUUCUUUGUCCUUUAUAAAUUUGAAACACCUGAAACUGCACUUAUCACAAGCUUUCCUUCUAUUUGCGUACAAUUUGGGUCUUGAGGAGAACUACAUGAAUAAUUUCUCACAUAGAUUACGAAUAUUAUAUAAGUUUAUUUAUUGACAAAUAUUUUCUUACUUAACUGACUAUGUCAGUUAAUUCUACAAAUCAUUGUUCAAAAUCAUUCUGGAAGAUGAAUUAUCUUCACUUCGGCGGAUUGAAUUCUUUCCACUAUUUUAAUGCUUUGAAUGUCUAUCAGGAGUAAGUAACUCCCGGACUUCAACGCAGUGUCCCUUUGUGUUACAGGUGUAUCUGACACCUGGUUCAGCGCCCAGGUUACAUUUUUCAGGUGUGCAGUGCCAUUGUUCUGUAAUGAAAAAUUUAUGGUAUCCAAAACUGAUUCACAAUUCGUACUUGAGACUUGAUUCCAAUGACUAAAAUCGUGGGACUGUAACAUUCUAAUGAUUUAAUAUGUUACAUCCAACAAUGGCUUCCAAAGAUUUGAAAAAUUGAAACGAUUCUGCCACUUUUUGGGAAAUAAUGGGGGAAAUUUUUACAUACCAGCGCUGUCAUCAUCGUCAUCGUCGGUUUCCACUGGCUGCAGUUCGCGACACUCGCCCUUGAUACAAGUCCAAAUCUUGUUAUUCCCAUAUAACUCCUGACAAUCUUUCACCCUUUUACAUUCUUUCUUACCUAAAAUUUAUAAAAAACUCAUGACGAAUUGACAAAAAUUAAAUGAAUUAUGCGAAGACCACAGAAAGCAGUCCAUCAAUUGUUAAACAUUCAGUUUUACAAUAUAUAAAUUUUUUUAGGCAUAAAAUUAUGAACAACUUACCAAGACGAUUAUACAGAUUAUUCUCUUUUGCUUGGUAGCCUACGUAUUUUGCCGAUGCCAACGCGAACAUCACAGCGGCAAAAAUCAGGAAAAUUGACAGACACUUCAUUGUCGAGGUGGGAAGUAAAGUCUUAUUGUUCGUUGAGAUCUAGCGACGACUAAGCAUACAUUUCCACUUUGACAUCGCCCUUAUAUACCCCCAGAAUUCAAGACGCGAUAUACCGAUGCCUUGAUGUGAAAUAAAUGGGGAAUUCUCCCGAGGCGAACUGUGAAGCCUAAUCCCAACUUCCACCUAAGAUUAGGAACUUGCUUCGGGACUUCGGGUAAUUAUUAGCAGAGUGUUGAAGCGACAUUAUUUUCUAUUUUUUUUUAUUUACACAGUCUUUAAGUAGAAGACUCCAGUCACAUAGACUUUGUAUUUUGAUCGAUUUAUUGUCUGAUCGGAGGACAAGUGUAGUUCUGCAAAUGGAUAUUUUUUUAUUUACACGAUCUUCAAGUGGAAGACUCAAGUCACAUAGAUUUCUAUUUUGAUGGAUUUUUUGUCUAACAAGAAUUCAAAGUGAAGCUUUGAAUGAGAAUUUCGGGCAUUUGGUUCUCUGGAAUGAAGACGAGUGGCAAAAUUAUACAUUUUUUCCCAGUGAGGCCCAAAACUCCUGGACAUAAUCUGGUGAAACUGAUUUUCUCACAUAAUUUUCGGACUGUUAAUUCCUUAGUAGUGUCAUAAUUGCGGAAUGUUUAUAUUGCUCCGAAUGAAGCCUCCGUCUGCAUUAAUUUAUUUUUUGUUGAUGCAGAACGGAAGUCCAAAUCAAAUUAAAAAUUAUUCAUUUUCAAGUGCGUCGCAAAAAUAUUGCUAUUUAAUAUUUUUCGCAUUCCUCCUAGACCUCAUCAUACAUCGGGCAUUGCUCUACAUAAGGGAUCAAUGAACAAAGAAAAUGUUAAUAAUCUCUCAAACCUAUUAUCAAUAAACUAUUUUUUAAUUCCAUACUAAUGAUUAGUGGAGAAAAUCACAUUUUGAUUAUCUUUCUAUCCGAUAAUGAAAAAGAAUAUUUCUCAUCACCUAAUUAUUGAAUUGCGGCCUAGUAGACUGUGAUUAUCUUUCUAGUAGUGGGCAAAAAUUCCUUCUAAUUUCUCCCCUUUUUCGCGGACUUCUUGGCGAAGAUCACUUCAUUCGCCAAUCAUCGGACCCUUUCAUAAAGACCCCAUGAACUGUACAGUAACUGUAAGUUACACUAUCAGGUUGGCAAAAGGUCAAAAUUCUCGGUGGUAAUAUGUGAUUAAACUGGUAAUUAAAAUUAAUGCCACUACCAUUAUCGAAUCACAGGCUCAUGAAAAAUGUAUUUAGCUCGGUGAAUGAUCCAAGAAGUAAUCAGAAUAUAAUUGUCUUCACUAAUCAUUAGCAUGGUAUAGAAAAUUUGUUCGUAUGGUUUGUGCAUCAUUAUGAAUUACUGAAGCAAUUAAUUGACGGGCUAUUAAUUUCCUCGCUAUCAUUUUCCAAUUUCACCUUAAAAAUUCUUCGGAUAUCACAUUUUUCAUCCGCUUUGUCCUCGCUUUUCCUUAUGAAAAGAAAAUUUAAAAAUUGAUACUCCGGGAAUUUUCUAAAGUCCAUUUUUUCGUUUUUCGCGUUUUUCUCGGCUCCUGGGCCUCCUAGAGCAAAACGGGCCCGGAUUUGGCAUCACACCGUUUUUCGACCAUAUCUUUGGAAAUAUCAUACCUAGGACAAUUUGGCUGGCGCCAUUGGAUUCGUGAGACGAUUUCCGAUUUUUCUAGGGCUCGGAAAAUAAUCUAAAAUCAAUUUUUCCAUUUUUCGCAUUUUCUGUGCUCCUGGGCUUCCGUGGUAAUGCCUUACCGACGGACACGUUCACCAAAGUAGUUUCAGCGCCACCGCUACGACAUUUUCCGGUUGAAGCCGCUCCAUAAGCGCCAGAGUUCUCUUGUAUAGUCUCUGGUUUGUUUGCAUAUUUAAGAUAAUUUUUUUUUUUGAUUCAAUGCUCUAUGAUGUCCAAAUAGCCCUGAAUUUUUCAAUUUUAUGUGGGAAACUCAAAAACGGGUAAAUAAUUUCACACAUUGAUUAUUAUAGCUUAAUUGAAUUUAUUUACAACUAUUUUUAUUAUCAUAAAUAUUGUCUGGAAGCUUCAAAUCUCGUUUCGGUUUCAUGAAUUGAUUGAUUUUAUGGAUUUCAGAUGACUUCAUUUUACUAUUUCCAUGACUCCUGAUCUUGGGAGUAUUAUAAUGAAUUGUGUGGCACAAUCGUGCCAGGAGCACGUGCCGGAUGAACUGGAACACAUAGUCCUUGCGGACUACAAGUGUAUCGGAAACCUUGCAAGGCGCGGUAAUUGCACUUUUCUUCUGUGCAUGUCCACAAAUCUGUAAUAAUGAGUUUAUAGUAUAUACUAAAUUAAUUCGAGUUCAGAACUUAAUUUUAGUAACGACAAUUCCGUAAUCGAAAAAAAUAGAACGGCUCUCCGUAUCUCAAAUCUCAUUAUUUAUACGUACCAGAGAUGCUUUCGUUAGGGGCCUUGUCACUCUUUUCCUGACAAACACCCUUGAUGCAUUCCCAGGAUCUCUUUGUUCCGUACAACUCCUGACAAUUAUCAGCGGUUUUGCAUUCUCUUUUACCUGAAUUAAUAACGAUGAUAAUAAAUUUCAAAUUAAUUAUUCUGUUGAGUGGUCGUCUACGUGCAGUUGGAAUUCUUGAAAAUCGUUCAGCGAUCACAUUUGUAAAUGAUAAAUGACAAUAAUCAUUUAAUAGCUAGUAUUACGAAUCAAUUACUCCCAAUUUCAACGUAGUAAUUAUUUCGUAGUGGGCGUGUCAGAGGUAUAUAACAUGCGUUAAUAUAAAGAGAGGGUCCAAAGAAAAAAUUAUUUUACUCUCAUUGACGUUUCUUAAUGAAAAGUGGGUUCUUAAGGACUGGUAGUAAAAUACACAGCUUUGCAGCCAGACGAAAAGCAAUUUUCUGGCAAAUGAGCUUGCAGCACUUACCAAAGACUACUUAAUGUUAUCGGCCAAUUAAUUAACAUUAUGAGCAUUUGGGGAAUGUGCUGGGUAGAAAUUCAGAGACAUGCUUCUCAAUGUUGAGUUCUCCAUUAUAUAAUUUAUUGAAUUAAAAAAUUAUAUAACACGUACCUUUAAGAUUAUCGACCGUGUCCCAUUUUGAGGACUGGUGUGCGUAUUUUGCUGAUACCAACAUGGGUAACACAACAGCAAUCAGCAGGAAAAUCAACCUUGAAUUCAUUGUAGAAGUUGAAAGAAUGUGUGAUCGUUGAGGAGAAUUCAGCCAAGACUACCUAUGAAUUUCAACUUUGCUAUCGCAUUUAUAUACCCACAAUUGGGAAUAUCUAUCGACCACGUGAUAUGCAACAAAUGUGUCUUUAUCACGUGAAAAAAUUUCGGGAGGUAUGUAGGAUGGCAUGCAGAAGGCAGCCAUACGAUUUAAAUUUUUGUCUGGAUUUUUUGUGGCAAAAAGAAGUUUUAGAACAUUUUUCAAACAAAAAUUCAGAAUUUUGUUUAACAAUGGAAUCGAACGGUCAAUUUUCAUUCCAUUUUCUCGUGAACAUGAACAAAAAGCCAGAAAAUUCUCAUAAAUUUAUCCCUGAAAAUUCAGGGUAAUAUGUCGGUGAAUAUUCAUAUUAAAUUAUUCUUUUGUAAAUAUAGUUAUUCAUAUUAUCAAUAUCUCUACGAUGAGUUACAAAAAGUAUGGGUUUUAUUGUUUGGUUGACAUAUCUGACUCAAUCGUCGGCUAUACAAUGGCAUGCUGUACGACAAAAAUGGAUGUCAACAUUCAGAUUCUAAAAAUAUCUCAACAAAAUGAGUUUUUUUUUAAUUUCAAACAUGGGACAUAUUGAAGCAUCUGUUCUUCUCAAAUUCAAGCAAAUAUUUCAUUUAUUCAGGUGUUUUUCCGUCUUUGAAAAAUAUCUACAAAGGCCCGCGAAAUUCAGGUAUUGGUUUUUGUUGUGCAGAACUCGAUCACCAACCAGCCACCAGGCUGGUCUGGAGACUGGUAUGAACCCUUGUCGAUGAAGUAAUUGCAAGUGUUAAUAAAUUGGUGAAAUAAUCAAUCAUCAUGAUGAUUAACUUUCAAGGGCAAACACCUAGCAGCAUGACGCCCAAGGGCGACGCUGGUCUUUAGGAUUGACAAUGAAAAACCCUUUUUGUCAUCUUUAUCAUGAUGGACCAUUUUCCAACGUCUAAAUAUCUGUGAAAUUGGAUUAUUCGGCGAUUGAAAAUAUUAGCUUCUCUUAUAGGUUUCAAAUGUAGGAUUCUACGAAUAAUAAUCCUACGUGCUCAUUAGUGAUCAAUGCCAAAAAACACAUUUCAAUUCUUUUGAAAAUUUCUAAUCUAUUACAAAUUAUUUUUAAAUGACAUAUUAAUGAUUGGUACCGAAAAUGCCAUUCUUACCUCAUGGCUUAUCUUUCACAUCGCACGUGGAGUAUAUUUCGUUUUGUUUUUAGAUAAUGACAAUGACAUAAUUUUAUGUUAUUUGAUCCCGGUGAAAAUGCAAAGUUCUUAAUACUUCAACCUCACGAUAAUUCUGAAGUGUGGAGCUCAGACUAGGAACCAGUGCUUUUUCUAGUUGUAGCUUUAUUUGUUAUUCUUCCUCUGCCUCAUUUGUUUUCCCUUAAAGUGCUGUGUUGUGCAUAAUUUUUAACGAUAUCAAUUUUUUUCAUGUUGAUUCAAUGUAGCGCAUGGAAAUUCUAUUCCUAUCAACUUCAAUUGGAGUUGAUCAAAGUUGAAAAGCAAAGGGAAAUAAAAAUGAGAAAUAAAGAAAGAUUCAAAAUGAAUAGACGGUAUUUAUGUACGUUGUGAAUAAAAAUAUAUUUUCUCGCAAUUAUAGUAUAACAACAGAGUUAUGAUCAGCAUCUCGUUUCAUUUUCGUUUCAUUUCUUUGAAGAGUAUUUACAACUGGUUUUCCAUUCAGUUUCAUUCAGUUGGAUCUUUCGCGAUGUAUUUAUCAAGAAUCUUUUCACUGGGGUAAUCAGGCACUGACAAUUGACGGAAUCCUUCCUCGUCAACAAAGCAAAUCUCAUGGCCAUCCUAGGGAAAAUAAAAUAAACAUUAACAAUUACGAAUCAUUUUUUUUCCUCGGUCACAUUAUUCCGCAAUCAUUUUCGCGCUUACCGGAUCUGCCAAUAUUAUUACUCGAACUGAUGCCUUUCCUGGUGUGUCCAACGUUAUCAGAUCCGUCAAAAUUUUAUGGCCGGACUGUUUAAUGUUUUUCUGGAUUUCGGGCUGUUCUGCAUGAGGAACUGCAAAAGCUAUUCUUCCAUAGGCCUUUGCAUGGUUUAUUGGAGUUCC